ACACCCCCCAUUAGCACUUAUUCUAUAACAUCUUAUCCAGUAUCCACCGAUCUUGAGGCUAAAACUAAACUAAACUAAACUAAACUAAACCCAACUCGAUGAUGCGUUACAUCACACCCACCCCAACGAUGCGGAAAAGCCCGUUCCCCAGGGCAUGGAUCAAAACAAAACUACCACAAAUCAAUCCUAGUACCCAAGUUUCCAACUUCUCCCUCAACUCCCAUACCCAAAUGGAAGUGGAAGUAAAGCUCCGGCUCCUAAACUCCAUCUCGCACCAGAAACUGUCUAAUCUCCUCUCCCGUUUCCACACCAAAACUCUCAUCCAAGAAAACAUCUUCUUCGACACCCCAAAAUCCACUCUCGCUUCCAACAACGCCGCCCUCCGUCUUCGCUUCUACGACCUCGACUCUUACUCCAUCCUCUCCCUCAAAUCCAAGCCCGAACUCUCCCAAGGCAUUAGCCAAGUCGAGGAACACGAAGAGCCCAUCGACCCAUCACUCGCCCGCUCUUUCUUGGCCAACCCAAGAGGCUUGUUGGACUUGACAAGCUCUUCCCAGAUAAUGAAAAGAGUGAAGGGAGAAUUUGGGGCCGACGAGUUGGUUUGCUUGGGAGGAUUUAAGAAUGUGAGGGGGGUUUAUGAUUGGAAAGGGCUGAAGUUGGAGCUUGAUGAAACUUUAUAUGAUUUUGGUGUUAGUUAUGAGAUUGAGUGUGAGAGCAAAGAGCCUGAACGUGAUAAGAAGUCGAUUGAAGGGUUGUUGGAGGAAAAUGGGAUUGAUUAUGAGUACUCUGAGCUUAACAAGUUUGCAGUUUUUUUGUCAGGGAAGUUGCCCACAUGAGUGGAGUGGAAAAGUAAUGUAUUUGCCUAAAUAUUAGUUUUCGAUAGUAAAUUUUGAAAAUUUAUGCUAUUUUUUUUAUCCAUUGUGUAUAAGAAUUUAUGUUUAUGUGGAAUUUACUCACCAAUCAGUUGGAAUUGUUCUCAUUUUACUUGGGUUGUGGAUACAAAUUGUUUCUUUCAUUACCUGACUUACUUGUCAUGACAAGAGUUAACCUUAUGAGAUGCUUAUCUGAGAGAAAGUUGUAUUUUGAUUCAACAUUUCUAUGACUGAUAUUGUUAGAUUUUCAUUAGUUAUACUCACAUUGAUUUGCAUGACUCAGUGCCGAACAACGAGCAUGCAGUUGAUGCUUUGCUAAUUUAUUGAUCAGUAAUGUAGAAUUAUAAGUUGCUAUUUCUGCUAAUUUUUCUAAUUGUAUAUAUUCCUCGUUUUCAGUCACAAUAAUUUCGAAAAGUUCAAGGUACAAGAGAUUCAAGGAGAAAAUAUUUGAGGUUUUCUGAUAUAGGAACUUUUCCUCUGGAACAUGCCAUGCUCCUUUAUUGUCCUAAGAUUGCUAAUUUGGUUGCAUAAUAUUACUCCAUGUGCAAUUUUAAAAGGCUUAAUAAGAUUUAUCAUAUUAAUGUUUUGCAAGCACUUACAUUUAGAAUUUGUGAGAAGUGACAACAGCUGAUCAAAAAAGAUACUGAGGAAGAAUGCAGGAUCCUGUUAUGUAACUAUAUCAGAAGACUAGUUGGAUAGUUUGUUUAUUUUGGGGUACAAGUUCCGUGUGCUUUGCCGAUUUCUAGCUGCUUGGUUGAGACCAGAGAUCAUAAUUUCAGUGAUUGCAGUUUUGCUCAGUGGACUUAGGUGCUUGGAGAAAUGUGGAGUACUGAUUUAGGACGAGUUUGUGCAAAGCAUAGAGAGAUGUAGAUGCAGAAACAAUUUUAAAGUCAUAUCAAGUGUAGUUUAGAAAUCCUGUCCCUACUUGUUUUGGGAUGAGAAAUAUAUUAAGAACUGUAAGAUUGGUUCAUUCUUCUUUGUAUCUGUUCUGAAGAAUAUAAGGGUCAAACAAGAAUCUUGUUUCUCUCA